AUGCCAAAACGCAGGGCUGUUUCCAUAGUCAGCGACAACGAGGACGUGUCUCGUGAGAGCUCUUCUGUACCCAAGCGCGCACGAACAGAUGAAGAUAGCGAGCAAAAUGUCGAAGUAAAUGCACGCCAAUCUACCAAGCGCGAAAGGAGCAAAGGCAAGGCGCGUCGACGCGACGAAGAGGAAGCCGAGGAAGAAGAUGAAGAUGAUGACGAUAACGUCGGGCAGACGGCUCCGGAUGAGGACGAGGAGAAGCAAUUCGAAGAAGAGAACGAGGAAGUCAUCCGCGAGAGGCUCAUGUCGAAGGGUAAGACCCAGGGGGGUAUUGCAGAAAUGGGUAUCAUUGAAUCAAUAGAGAUGCAUCAAUUCAUGUGCCACAAGUACUUGACAUUCACAUUUGGGCCUCAGAUCAAUUUCAUUAUCGGCCAUAAUGGGAGUGGUAAGAGUGCCGUCUUGUCAGCACUCACUGUCGCAUUGGGUGGCAAGGCGACUUCAACCGGGCGUGGAAAUGGUCUGAAAUCCUUCAUCCGCGAGGGACAAGCUGUCUCCGAGGUCACCGUCGUCCUGAAGAACCAAGGCGAGGAAGCGUACCGGCAGAACGAGUAUGGUAAAAGCAUCGUCAUUACCCGUCGCUUCACCAAGGAAGGCGCUUCUUCGUACAAAAUUCGGAGCAAGGAUGGCAGGGUCAUCUCGACGAAGAGGGAGGAGCUGUCCGCUAUAUGCGAUCACAUGAACAUCCAAGUAGACAACCCGAUGAACAUUCUCACUCAGGAUGCUGCAAGACAGUUCUUGAGUGCUUCGCAGCCCGCGGAUAAAUAUAAGUUUUUCCUCAAAGGUACCCAGUUGAGUCAAUUGAGUGAGGAAUAUCAAACUUGCCUGGAGAACAUUGGACAGACGCAAAAGGUCCUCACACGCAAGUCUGAAGCCAUUCCCGAGCUUGAGGAAGCUCUUGAGGAGGCCACCAGUCGCUUUCAGGAAGCGCACAAAGCACGCGAGCAGCGUCACAAGGCUGACGAGCUCAAGAAGGAGCUUGCAUGGGCGCACGUCGCUGCAAAGGAGAAGGAAAUGCGCGCAAAGAUGGAGGAGGUCGAGGCCUACGAGGCUGAUCUCAACGGAAUGGGGGAGAUUGAGCACCUUCGAGGCGAAAAAUCGCGCUUGCAAGACCUAAUAAAAGCCAACAAGUCCGAGAUUCAAAAGAAGAAGAACGAAGAGAAGUCGAUGAACGACAGCUUGACCAAGCUGCGUAAGCAGAUCGCCGACUUCGAGGAGAGGAUCGCGGCCGAAAAGGCGCGUAUCGAGGGUCUCACCAAGGGCAAGCGCGAUGAGACGAACCGCAAGCUGGAGAAGGCCCAGUUAGACUAUGCCAAGGCCGAAAGUGAACUCGAGGCCCUGCGCGCUGAGAAAGCGCGGGAACUCACGCUGAUGCAGGAGAUCGAGCAGCAAGGUAGGGCCGCGGAGGCGGAACGUAAUAAAGCCAAGGAGCGCGUCGUGCAGACGCAGGAGCAGCUUACGCGGUGCAACGCUCGCGAGAAGAACAAGCUCGCACCAUUCGGGAACAAUAUGGACCAGGUGCUUAAAGAGAUCGAGCGGAUGAACUGGUUUGGUAAUCGGCCAGUGGGGCCGUUUGGCCUGUACGUCAACGUGAGGGACGCAGAGCGGUGGGCACCGUUGAUGCGUGUGCAGCUUGGCGGCAUGAUGAGUGGAUUCGCGGUGUCCGACGCGCGGGACCGCAUGGCGCUUGACGCGCUGUUGAAGCGCUACGGCAACCAGAACAUCAAUAUCGUCAUCGCCGAGGUCGAUCUGUUUGACUACAGCCGAGGAGAGCCGCCUGAGGGAAUACCUACCGUCCUACGAACUCUCGAUGUGUCCGAUGAAUACGUUCUGCGUCUCUUGAUCAAUGCAAUGCAUAUUGAAGGCACCUUGAUCGCACCGACACGUAGAGAGGCCGAUGAGCUCCUACAGAGAGUAGGGAGGGGCCUUGCUUGGUCCGGGGAUCUCUACACUGUCCGCCGUUACCCGGAGGGAGGUGGUUCAUCCAAUCCCUUGCAGCCCCUUAGGCAGGGUGACCCUCGUCAGCAACUCUUUACGGGUGGUGACAUUGCUGGUGAGAAGAGGCGCUGGGAGCAGGAAGUUGCAGCCGCCGAACGCGAGCUCGUCGACUGGUCAGAGAAGAUUAACGGUCUACGUGCGCAAUACCAGCAACUCAAGCAAGAAGUUCAGGCCCUUUCCAGCCGAGAAAGCCGUCUCGAUAGACAAGUUAAGGAACUCAAGGCACUCCGUGAUACUUUGGUCCUUGAAUCCAACGAGGAUACCCCGAGCUCGGUACAGUUGCUUGAGCAAGCGAAAGCGGACCUAGAAGCAGACAAAGACGCUACUAUUGCUCAGUUCAAGGUGCUUGAACAGCGGAUAGCGGAAUUAAACGCACUUCAGCGACCGCUCGUUGAGAAGUCCGAGAAGAUCAGGAAACAGAUUCAAGACUUUGAGGGAGAGCGCAGCAGGAUCACUAAACAAAUAGAGGACGCGGUCUCGGUCCGCUUGCUCGCUCAACGGAGUAAGCAAUACUAUCUCGAGAAGCUACAAAAUGAGGAGAACGCUGUCAAGAUUGCCCAAGAAGCCGCGGACAACCUGCAGACGGAAUUUGAGUCAUGGACGGAGAAGGCUGAGCAGUAUUGUGAGCGCUUCCCGAACCCGCGCGAUGCGGACGAAGUACAGCGCAACCUAGAGGCUGUGCAAACGGCCCUGAAAGAGAGAGAAAAGAGACAUGGUGCAUCUGUGGAAGAGAUGACAAUUGAAGUCAACAAGAAGAAGGCUGCACUAGAGACCGCUAAGAAAGAGCUCAAGAACAUGUUAGCGUUGAACAGGGCCCUGAAGAAGUCUGUCAAAGUUCGCUUGACUAAAUGGCACGACUUCCGUCGGCACAUUGCUCUCCGAUGCAAGGUCUAUUUUUCCUACCACCUUUCGAACCGUGGGUACUACGGAAAGGUCAUAUUCAACCACGUCUCAGGGACGUUGCAGCUCAAGGCUGGUCACUAUUGUUUCAAUGACGUUAUAAACAGCCGCGAGAAGGACCCUCGUUCAUUGAGCGGUGGCGAGAAAUCUUUCUCCACCAUCUGUCUUCUGCUGUCCCUGUGGGAAUCCAUUGGAUGUCCAAUCAGAUGUCUAGACGAGUUCGAUGUCUUCAUGGACGCCGUGAAUCGCCGUAUUAGUAUGAAGAUGAUGAUCGACACGGCAAAUGCGUCUGACCGAAAGCAGUAUGUUCUCAUUACUCCUCAGGACAUGACGAACAUCAAUGUCGGCAACACUGUACGUGUACACCGGAUGUCCGAUCCCGAGCGCGGGCAGGCAAUAUUCCGCAAGUUGAAGCCUUAUGCAGCCGCGAAUAAUCUGCGCCUUGUGCUCCUGAACAAGCGGGCAAGCGCGAUCAAGGCGCGCGGGUUCGAGUUCGCCGCGUUCAUGCGCUGGUUCAUCGAGACCGAGGAUAUCCCGCCGUUUUCCGAGAUCCCGGGCACAAAUGAUACGGUUUCCCUGCUUGCGCACGCCCACGAGCUGCCGGACGAGACUAACACGUUGCUCAACUCCUACUUCCGCAGCUUCGUUGUCUUUGACUGUUCGCAAACCGGCCUUGGUUUCCCACCUCUCCCGGGCUUGUACAGCCCUCUCCGCGAUCCGAAAGCUGUGAAUGAAGAAACGAAAGAGUUUCCGACAUGGGGCGCUAUCUAUUUCACGCAAGUUAUUACCCGGCCCGAUGAGGAUGCAGACUCUCCGGGCUUCGACGAGAUGCUCCCCACGCGCAAACCCGUGCACGAGAUGGAAGGGGCCGAUCCGCGUUUCAUGCCUACUACUCUGCGCAUGACGCCAGAGGAACGUGCGGAAGUGACCGACGUUGAGGCGGUGUGGCGCUCACAGAAGCUGAUACUCGGCAUGGACGUUUCGGUCUUCCGAGAGAAUGUUCUGCAAGCCUUUUUCGAGUGCCCUGCGGAUGAUAAUACCGGUGGAGAGAUGCUCGUCUGGCCACGAGUGAAAGUACACUCCGUGUGGUGCGACUUGUCGCCAGGAGACGAUGUGUAUGGCGGUGAUAUGCUAAAGCAGAUAGCGCGCGAGUACCGUGAAAAGGGCAGGGGGCGCAGUGUCGAGGUGCAUAGGUUGCAGGAGGCGAAUCAUUUUGUGCAUUGGGACGAGCCUGAGCGAACUACAAAGUUCUUGGCGACAAUUAUGCAGAAUGAACAUCUACAAGUGAACAACAUGACCUGA